AUGUCCAGUAGCCGAACUAAUUUGGAGAAGAAAAGACUCAAUGGCCACUAUUUCAAGAAACAUUCCAAAAUUCAGGUAAAGAAUAUUAAGCCUAAUAAAGUUUGCCACCUCUUUGUUAUCAACACAAUUUUAAUUCCAUGGCAAAACCUAAAGAAGCCCCUUUCCCUUGAUAUGAAGAAUGUUGUGAUCAUUAAACCUUCCAAGCCUACUCCAUCUAAUAUUCUUCCUCUAUCCACCAUUGACAGUGAUCCUGUUCUCAACAUUCUUUGUCAAACUAUUUAUGUUUACCAAGCAAAUAUUGAUUCCUCUAAGGGCCAAGUAGAUCCUGCAUGUGUGAUAAAAGAAGCCAUUUCAAAGGCUUUGGUUUACUAUUAUCCUCUUGCUGGGAAGAUAAUAACAUUUGAUGAUGGAAAACUUGGAAUCAAUUGCAAUGCUGAUGGAGUUCCAUUCUUGGAGGCAAAUGCUAAUUGUGAACUCUCUUCUCUUCACUAUCUUGAAGGGAUUGAUGUUCCAACAGCACACAAAUUGGUGUUUGAUAACCCUUCUCAUGAUGAAACUAGUCACCAUCCCUUGGUUUUGAAGGUGACUAAGUUUCUUUGUGGGGGUUUCACUAUUGGAAUGGGCUUGUCACAUGUUGUUUGUGAUGGGUUUGGUGCCUCUCAAAUUUUUAGAGCCUUGGUUGAACUUGCAAGUGGAAAAAGUGAGCCCUCAGUGAAACCUGUGUGGGAAAGGGAGAGACUAAUGGGGACACUUCUUAAGGAACCACUCCAAUUUCCCGUAGAUGAGACUUCAAUGGCAAUUUCACCAUUUUGGCCAACUAAGGAGAUUUCACAUGAAUGCUUUAGCAUAAAUGGUAAGAGCAUACAAAGACUCAAAAUGAAACUGAUGAAGGAGAGUGACAAUGUGAAGGAAAGCUUCACAACUCUUGAAACACUUGGUGCCUAUGUUUGGAGGUCAAAGGCUAAAGCUUUGGAAUUGAACACUGAUGGAAAAACUUUGUUGAGUUUAGCAGUAGGGGUGAGACAUCUAUUGGAUCCACCUUUGCCUGAAGGGUAUUAUGGUAAUGCUUUUGUUGGUGCAAAUAUGGUGCUAACAAUGAAAGAACUUAAUGAAAGGCCACUCUCAGAGGUAGUGAAGCUCAUCAAGGAGAGCAAAAAGCUUUCUUUUAACAAUGAAUACAUAAAGAACUCAAUCAACAUGUUGGAGACAAUGAGAAAAACGAACAUUAAGAUUGAAGGAACAGGUGUGUCUAUGGUAUUAACUGAUUGGAGGCAACUUGGUUUGUUGGAAGAAGUGGAUUUUGGAUGGAAGGCUUCAGUGAAUAUAGUUCCAGUGCCAUGGAACAUGUUUGGCUAUGUGGACUUGUGUCUUUUCUUGCCUCCUAGUAACUUGGAUCCCUCAAUGAAGGGAGGAGUUAGGGUCUUUGUAUCCCUCCCUAAAGCUUCUAUGCCUAAGUUCAGGGAGGAGAUGGAGGCCCUUAGGCUUAUGAGAUUUGAUGAAGGUAGCACCUAA